AUCUUUUUCUGUUAACACCCUUCAAUAUGUCAUUCGGAUCCAAGGCCGCAGAAAGAAUCUCCAACAAAGUGGUGUUGAUCACCGGUGCCUCCGCUGGUAUUGGUGCUGCCACCGCCAAAGAAAUUGCUGUUACUGCCAACGGGAAUAUCAAGUUAAUUUUGACCGCCAGAAGAAAAGAUAAGUUACAAGAUCUCGCUGAUGAGUUGACCCAACAGUUCCCCGACAUCAAGGUGUUGACAGUAGCCUUGGACGUAUCGAAGUUGGAAACAAUCCGCCCGUUUGUCGAGGCAUUGCCCCAAGAGUUUGCUGAUAUCGAUGUGUUGGUCAAUAACGCUGGACUUGCUUUGGGAAGAGACCCUGUUGGCAGUAUUUUAGACGAGGAUAUCACCACCAUGUUUCAAACCAACGUGUUGGGGUUGAUCACCUUGACCCAAGCGGUGUUACCCAUCAUGAAGGCAAAGGAUUCAGGUGAUAUCAUCAAUCUUGGAUCCAUUGCUGGCAGAGACCCUUACCCCGGUGGAGGAAUUUACUGUCCCACCAAGGCUAGUGUCAAGUCGUUCUCUCACGUGUUGAGAAAGGAGUUGAUUUCGACCAAGAUCCGUAUCAUUGAGAUUGAUCCCGGUAAUGUUGAAACGGAGUUUUCCAAUGUGAGAUUCAAGGGUGAUUUAGAGAAGGCCAAGGCUGUUUAUGCUGGUACCGAGCCAUUGUACGCGGAGGACAUUGCUGAGUUUAUUGUGUUUGCCAUCACCAGAAAGCAGAAGACGGUGAUGGCCGAGACGUUGGUGUUUUCAACCAACCAGGCUAGUGCCACUCAUUUAUACAGAGAAGAGUAGGAAUGGGGAUGGAAGAUGAUUGGAGAAAUAGAUGAGAGUUUGAGUAGACAAGAGUUUGAAUACAUGAGAGUUUGAGUUGACGAGAGGUUGAUAGACACCGACAGCGUGAGAGGUGAAAGUCAAUUCCAGGACUCUCAACCG